AUGGCCCGCCUCCGGCCUGCGGACUUGUUUCGUCGUCUAUCUACACGAGGAGACCAUUCAACUCCCACCACCAACCCCACCAUCGCCUCCCCCUCUCCACAGGAACGUUGCAACUCUCUUCCUUCCCCUCCACGCCUUCCCGCAAUCCCGUCCUCACCCGCCGCUUCGCCGAAGACGGUCAGAAAAAGCACCUCCCUCCCCAGACUGAGGCGACGCUUCCUUCGCAGCGCCACGCCUGCCAUCCAAGAAUCCGUCAAAGAGGAGCGCAAAGACUCUUUGCUGUCGGCCCAAGGCGGCACACAGAGCAUACUGGAAGGCGAAGCCGUGUCUCCCGCCUCAUCCAUUGAGCCUUCCACCUGCCACCACUCAAGUCGCAAGAGCCUGGAGGGCCUGCGAAAGCUUCCUGUCCUCGUCCUUCAGCAGGCCACGCCUGAAGUCGCCGAAGCGGAGGUGAGGGACGUCGAGCCCGCCAGUGUCGACACCUCCCUCGACCCCACUCCAGACGAACAGCGCCAGUUCACCCCCCAAAGUGACAGUGAUCUUGUCACUCAAUCUCCCUCCGAGCUCCCUACCACGUUGUCCUCCCCAGAAACCGAACACCGCCCUUCAUCCACCGCCCUCGAACGCCCCGUCAGCAUUGUCAGUGGUACCAAUGCGCCCCUUGUUGCCCACCUUCUCGACUCCCCCGUCCUGACCGACCACCCUUCCCUUCCCACAGCCGCCAUGGUGCAACGAAAGAUUUGGGUCAAGCGACCCGACGCGUCGGCGACGCUGGUGGUAAUCAAAGAAGAUGACCUGGUCGACGAUGUGCGCGAGAUGAUCUUGAGAAAGUAUGCCAAUAGUCUCGGCAAAACGUUCGAUGCGCCGGACAUGACCCUCUCCAUCGUUUCAAGAUUGGAACAAGGGGUCGUCAAGAACGAGCGAGUACUGGGCCCGGAAGAGCAGAUGUGCAGGACGCUGGACUCAUACUAUCCGGAGGGCCAGACGGUGCACGACGCCCUGAUCAUUAAUGUUCCGCAACGAAGAACGCCCCGCCCUUCGCCCAAAGUCUACAUGCACCCCAACUACCAUGCCAUUGACGAUUACCGGCCGCUCGAGAAUGGCACGGACUACUUCCCACCCAUGCCCGCCUUCGUCCCGAGCACCAUCCCGCAAACUUCGGGAAGCCACGACAGUCGCUCCAGCCAGCAUCAUGUGCCCCUCGCUGCACAGUCGGAGACGCACCCCCGAUCCAUUUCCAUUCUCAAUACCGGCCAACUCCCUCCCUUGCCAUCCCCAGGUAGCACCAGCCGGCGACAUCAACAUCGUCCAAAGUACGGCCGUCAGCCUACAGCCUCUCCCACCCUCAUCCAACCUAACUCCGGCGUAAUAGGUGCCAGUGCACCCAAUGCAGGUGACCCGCAGGCCCGAGCCCCUCAUCGACAAUCCACUCGCCCGCGCAUGGACUCGUCCGCGGCCGAGCAAAUGAACAACGCGGUGCCACCGCCCGCACCCCCUCUUCCCACUCCGCCCGCACCCGAGGCCCCGCCGACCAACAAGAACAACUCCAAUCCUCCAACUCCAUCCGGCAUGCCGAACAACGCCAAUUUUAUGAACCUUCACGCUCCUCAAAGACGACCGCGGAAGACGCGCAAACAGACACCAGAAGACCGAGCUAAUUCCCGCGGCCAAGGGGGCAAGAACGAUGCCUCCGCUCCAUCCGUCAGCUUCGCGCUCGAAUCUGCCGCAGUGCCGCCCAUCAACGUCCUCAUCGUGGAAGACAACCCGAUCAAUCUGAAGAUUCUCGAGGGCUUGAUGAAGCGGCUGAAGGUGCGGUGGCAGACGGCCAUGAACGGGCAGAUUGCCGUCGACAAGUGGAUGGCGGGUGGGUUUCACUUGGUCCUGAUGGAUAUCCAAAUGCCGGUCAUGAAUGGUCUGCAAGCGACGAAGGAGAUCCGGCGCUUGGAGCGCGUGAAUGGAAUCGGGGUGUUUGGAGAAGUCGACGAUAGUCUUUUGGGGCAACAGCGGAGCAGUUUCGGCAACGGGGAGGACAAGAACGGAGAAGGAGAUGAAGCAGCCUCUCCGGCAAACAAAGGGGCAGACGACGGCAAGAGAACGAGCACCACAGAUCGCCUGCUCGUCUCGGAAAGCUUGUUCAAAUCCCCCGUCAUCAUCGUCGCCCUCACCGCCUCCUCCCUCCAAUCUGAUCGACACGAAGCCUUAGCGGCAGGGUGCAACGACUUCCUGACCAAGCCGGUCAACUUUGUCUGGCUGGAGCGCAAAGUGAAGGAGUGGGGCUGCAUGCAGGCGCUGAUCGACUACGACGGCUGGCGCAAGUGGAAGGACUACGCGGCGGAGCAGGAAGCGAAGAAGAGCGAGGCGGAGAAGAGCAAGGACCGCGAGCGCGAGGAGAAGGAUCGCAUCAAGGCGGAGAAGAUGGCGAAGUUGCAGGAGAAGCAGGCCAAGCUCAAGGAAGAGCGCGAAAAGGCGGCGAAGAAGCGGACGAGUCUCAAUCUUGUUGAGCCGAUUGUGCACGAGGAAGGGGUUGGAGGGGAGGAGGAUGUGAAUAUGCCUACGGCAAUGUUGAAAGCCGGCGCGGAGUGCUUGAAGAAGUGA